UAAAUAAUUGUCAUGGGACGCAGAAAAAUAUACAGGUGUGCUGCUGACACGGAGGAUACUCUGAUUCGCAUAUAAAACCUCGCUGCCGCUGGUUGUCCACUCACUUUUAGCGUACAAGUAAAAUGUUACGGUUCAGAAAGAUGCUGGUUCUGCUGUUCAUGCUGACAUCAACUCAGUUGGUAGUCACGGUGGAAACCACUAGUUCAGAUGCUAAAUUACAAGUGGAUAAUAAGCAAAUGGCCGGAUACAAAUUCCGGAACGUUCUCAAUACUUUUGACGUCGCUGAGCGACUUACUGAUAUGAACCAACGUAAUCGAGUCGUUGGUAAUUCCACUGCAACACCAGGGCAGUUCCCAUGGAUGGCUUUCAUCAUUGCUGACCCUGCUCAAUUUUUAAGCGGAGCCUUAAUAUCGGACCAGUGGAUUCUCACUUCUGCAUACCUCUGCUCAAUGUUUAAACUGAGCUUUAUAAUUUUGGGUGUCGCCGACUUUACCUACUAUUUAGAAAAUUAUCUAACGAUAAAUUACAAUUAUACUUGCUACGUGCACGAGCUUUACGAUGAAAUGGAUUUGGCAACUGAUCAUAACAUAGCUCUGAUCAAGAUGCUGCAACCUGUAACCUUUACAGUCAACAUUAUGCCCAUACAACUUCCUUCUGUAAAUGAUGCCACGAAGGAUUUUACUAAAGUUUCGAUGACAGUUAGUGGAUUUAGGCAAGAUAGCGCUUGUUAUGAAAUUGAGAAAAAACGCGAUUCAUCAAUCUUCUCACUGGUGUACGAAGAAUUGCAAGGGAUUAACUACAUGGAGUGCUCUGCAAACUUCAGUGCAAAUUCUGCGACGUCUUAUUUGCCUGAAUCCGCAAUCUGUACAGACUCCAACAGCGUUGGAAUCUGUGGUUUUGGUGUUGAAGGCGCUCCUUUAUUCUACAAGAAUUUAAAUGGAUAUUGGGUUAUUGAGGGCAUUAUCGCAUCUUAUCCCUUCAACCUUUGCUAUGACAGGCAUCCAUCAGUCUUUACCCGUGUUAGCUCUAAUCUUGAUUGGAUAUCUGCGAUAACUGGAAUGGGAGGAUCAACUAGCACACCAAAAGCAACCACUGGAAAGCCUUUAACUACCACAAUUACUACUAAACCAACCUCUAGCUUUACUGCAAAAACCACCACGACAACUAAACCUACAAGCACGACAACCUUUAAACCAUCAAGUCUGAAGACCACCACAAAGACAACCACCAAGACGACAACUAAGACCACAACCAAAACCACCACGAAGACCACCACUAAGACCACCACAAAAACCAACCCGAAAACCUCAACAAUUAAGAAAUCUAGCAGUACCACCAAAAAAGCUUCUGGCUAAAAUUAACUUUGAUUUUAUGAUUUGACAUCUGAUAAUUUUUGAAAUACGAUCUAUCUUGGUAAAAUGUCCACUUUGGCGAAAACAAAGAGGAUUUACUUUAUUAUAUAUGCAUUAAAAUAAGUAUCAGUGUACAAAUAAUUCGAAGGAAUAGUCCAAAAUUGAUUUAAUAUUGUUUUCAUGAACUAAAAUUUGAAAAU